CUGGAACAAUACGUAGUACGUAGAAUAUAUUAUAUCCACCAUCAUUGUGAGCUUAGAGUUAACCGAAGGAAACAGCCAAGAAAAAGAAUCAAAGAGGAAGAAAGAAAAUGGAUGUGAAAGUGAAGGAAUGCACCAUGGUGUGCCCGGCAAACGAGACGCCGAGGCAUAAUCUUUGGCUAUCAACCAUAGACUUGGUGGGUCGAACGCCAUAUGCACAUAACCAAAUUAUGUACAUUUAUCGUCAAAAUGAAGAUCAAAAUGUGUCAAAAUAUUUUAACGCGGAAAUCCUAAAGGAGUCUCUAAGUAGAGUUUUAGUGCCAUUCUAUCCAGUGGCAGGCAGACUAAAAAAGAAUGAAAAGAAUGGUAGAAUCGAGAUUGAUUGCAAUGCAGCGGGAGCGUUAUUUGUUGAUGUAGAAACAUGGCACUCUCUUGAUGAGUUUGGUGACUUUAAGUCUAGUAAUGAGUUUCGCAAAUUGGUACUCCACCCCUGGGACUACUCUGGUGGUCUCUCAUCAUUCCCUUUGUUGUUGGCACGAGUAACCCGCUUCAAAUGCGGGGGUGUGUGUAUUGUCUUUAGCAUACACCACCAAGCAACUGACGGCAUUGCAUUUGCAUACUUGAUUAACUCAUGGUCAAGACUUGCUAGGGGUCUUGACCUUGAUGUUCAUCCCUUUCAUGAUAGGGUUAUCUACCUAGGUCCACGUCAUCCGCCCCAGAUCAAGUUCCGCCAUUUGGAGUAUGAGCCACCCUUGCCACCUAUAUCACCCAAAGGUUUUGCAGGUGAGACUUCAACGACGAAGGAAUGUCUGUUUAAACUUUCAAAACCUCAAAUUAAUGCAUUAAACCUCCAAGCAAACUCUCCAAGUGAAGAAAAAGAAAAACACCAUAGCUACAAACUGAGUAAUUACGAGGUACUAGCUGCGCACGUGUGGCGAACAGCAUGCAAAGCACGUGACUUAGCAAAUGAUCAAUUAGUGAAGCUUUACAUUCCAACUGAUGGACGGUCAAGAUUGAAGGAUCCAACACCACUACCACAAGGGUAUGUAGGGAAUGUAAUUUUCUACACUGCAUGUAUUGCGAAAACACGUGAUAUCACGUGCAAGCCACUAUGGUACGCCGCAGGUAAAGUACACGAAGCUCUAAAGAACGUGGAGAAUGUGGAGUACUUAAGAUCAGCCGUGGAUUACUUGGAAUCACAGCCAGAUCUAACGCCUAUAGUUCGUGGGGCCCACACAGUUACAUGUCCGAACCUAACAAUAAACUCUUUUGGUAGGCUCCCAUUUUACGAAGCGGAUUUUGGUUGGGGCAAGCCGGAGUUUGCAGGUCAUAGUAAGCUGAGAUAUGAGGGUCAAACUAUCAUUGUUCCAAGCCCAAUUAGGGAUGGUAGCUACUCGGUCAACAUUAAUCUUUUUGCCGUGCACAUGCCUCUCUUCCGGAAAUACUUCUACGACGUUGGAAACCUACCCAACAAACUAUAGUCAUCUCCUCCAUACGUCAUACCGAUAACAUCUGAUUAUAAGGGUGAGUUUAUCCCUAGUCUUGAAAGGAGUUUCGAGGUGAGUCUCAAGCCUAAAUCUUGGGAUAAUGUGGUAAAAGACUACACUAAUUCUUGAAGUGAGUUUGAGAAUCCAAGACUCACUCCAUACUCUACUUUUUUAUUCCUCCAAUCAAAUCAUUCCACAUCAUCAAACUUUAUUUAUCUUAUUUCACCCAACUAAAUUAUUGAUGGUUUAUUUAUUAUUUUGUUUCAUUUGCCUUUACAUUUAUGUUCUAGAUCUUUUGAAUUUAAUAUGUUGUAUAAUUAUUUCUAACUUGUACGGAA